GCCGCCGGGCUGGACAGCCCGGGUGGGGGCCGACCCCGAGCGGCGGGGAGGGACGGUGCCGGCCGGUGCUCGCCAGGCUUGGGCGCUGGAGGCAGGAUAGGACCGCCUUCAGCGUGGGAGGACUGAAGGCUUGGAGGAGCCCAGGUGGCCCGGAGCUGCGGGAUGGGGCUGCAGCCUUGGGACUGGGGGGCUCCAGGGGCCAGGCCCGAGACACCCCCCCCCUCCAGAUGGAGCGAUCGGGAGAAGUACUGAGGAUGGCUACGGGCAGGGCGAGCACCUCCACCGAGUCCUUUAUCCCUCCCAGCGGCCUUCACCCUUUCACUGCCAGGCCGACAGCGGGCUCCUCUCAAAGGAGCAGCUGCUAGACAGCUGGCAAAACAAUGGAGACCCCGCUUCCCGGGCCCCUUCUCUUGGGACAGACAAUGGGGGGGGAUGUCAGGCUAGGGGGAUUGGCAGUGUAGACUGCCCCCUGUAACUGGGCUGCUCACCGCACCUUUCCCUGCAGGGAGUGGGGUGUGUGUGGGAAGGUAGGGCAGCCUGCCCCAGGCCUCUGGGAGAGAGCGCCGACGCCCCGCCCUGCGAACCUGUCAUGCCAGUUGUCUCGCCAAUGGAAGGGGAGGUUGCAGGGUCAGGUGCCCUGGUCCUUCCCCGCGCUGGAGGAACGCAGCAGAAAGGUGGGGUCCAAAGACCCUGUGCUAAGCACCUAUAAUCUGCUGGGGUGACAACCCCUAAAACCAGCACCCCACCAUGUUUAACCUAAUGAAGAAAGAUAAAGACAAAGAUGGCGGGCGGAAGGAGAAGAAGGAGAAAAAGGAGAAGAAGGAGCGGAUGUCAGCCGCAGAGCUGCGGAGCUUGGAAGAGAUGAGCCUGCGUCGUGGCUUCUUCAACCUGAACCGCUCCUCUAAGCGUGAAUCCAAGACACGCCUGGAGAUCUCCAACCCCAUCCCUAUUAAGGUGGCCAGCGGCUCUGACCUGCACCUGACGGACAUUGAUUCUGACAGCAACCGGGGCAGCAUCAUCCUGGACUCAGGCCACCUAAGCACAGCCAGCUCCAGCGAUGACCUCAAGGGUGAGGAAGGCAGCUUCCGGGGCUCUGUGCUGCAGCGCGCGGCCAAGUUUGGCUCGCUGGCCAAGCAGAACUCACAGAUGAUUGUCAAACGGUUCUCCUUCUCCCAGAGGAGCCGUGAUGAGAGUGCCUCAGAGACCUCGACCCCCUCAGAGCACUCUGCUGCCCCAUCACCACAGGUGGAGAUGAGGACGCUGGAGGGACAACUAAUGCAGCAUCCUGGCCCAGGCAUCCCUCGACCAGGGCCACGGUCUCGAGUCCCUGAGCUGGUGUCUAAAAGGUUCCCAGCUGACCUGCGCCUUCCCCCUGUGGUACCCCCGCCACCUCCUGCUCUCCGGGAGCUGGAGCUGCAACGACGGCCCACUGGAGACUUUGGCUUCUCUCUGCGGCGCACAACCAUGCUGGACCGUGGCCCCGAGGGGCAGGCCUAUCGACGGGUGGUUCACUUUGCUGAGCCAGGUGCAGGCACCAAGGACCUGGCCCUGGGGCUGGUGCCAGGAGAUCGGCUGGUGGAGAUUAAUGGGUACAAUGUAGAGAGUAAGUCCAGGGAUGAAAUCGUGGAGAUGAUCCGGCAGUCUGGAGACAGUGUGCGGCUCAAGGUGCAGCCCAUUCCUGAGCUUAGUGAGUUGAGCCGGAGCUGGCUUCGGACCAGCGAGGGACACCGCAGGGAGCCAGCCAAUCUGGACCCUGAGGCCGCCUCUCCUGCCCCCAGCCAGGCCAAGACAGAGGAGCAAAUUGCAGCAGAAGAGGCCUGGUUUGAGACUGACAAGGUGUGGCUGGUUCAUAAGGAUGGCUUCUCUCUGGCUAGCCAGCUCAAGUCGGAGGAGCUCAGCCUACCUGAGGGGAAGGUGCGUGUGAAACUAGACCACGAUGGAGCCAUCCUGGAUGUGGAUGAAGAUGACAUAGAGAAGGCUAAUGCUCCCUCCUGCAACCGUCUGGAAGAUCUGGCCUCACUGGUAUACCUCAAUGAAUCCAGUGUCCUGCACACACUGCGCCAACGCUAUGGUGCUAGCCUGUUGCAUACCUAUGCUGGCCCCAGCCUCCUUGUCCUCAGCCCCCGAGGAGCCCCAGCUGUGUACUCAGAGAAGGUGAUGCACAUGUUCAAGGGGUGUCGGCGAGAGGACAUGGCACCCCACAUCUAUGCUGUGGCCCAGACUGCGUACAGGGCAAUGCUGAUGAGCCGCCAGGACCAGUCCAUUGUCCUUCUGGGCAGUAGUGGCAGUGGCAAGACCACCAGCUGCCAGCAUCUGGUGCAGUAUCUGGCCACCAUUGCAGGCACCAGUGGGAACAAGGUGUUUUCUGUGGAGAAAUGGCAGGCUCUGUACACCCUCCUGGAAGCCUUUGGGAACAGCCCCACCAUCAUGAACGGCAAUGCCACCCGCUUCUCCCAGAUCCUCUCCCUGGACUUUGACCAAGCUGGCCAGGUGGCCUCAGCCUCCAUUCAGACGAUGCUCCUAGAGAAGCUGCGUGUGGCCCGACGCCCAUCCAGUGAAGCCACUUUCAAUGUUUUCUACUACCUGCUAGCCUGUGGAGAUGGCACACUUAGGACAGAGCUCCAUCUGAACCACUUAGCAGAGAACAAUGUGUUCGGAAUUGUGCCAUUGGCCAAGUCUGAGGAGAAGCAGAAGGCAGCUCAGCAGUUCAGUAAGCUGCAGACAGCCAUGAAGGUGCUGGCCAUCUCCCCUGAUGAACAGAAAGCCUGCUGGCUCAUCCUGGCUGCUAUCUACCACCUGGGGGCUGCUGGAGCCACCAAAGAGGCCCUCGAGGAGCAAGCCGAAGCUGCUGAAGCUGGACGUAAGCAGUUUGCCCGCCAUGAAUGGGCCCAGAAGGCUGCAUACCUGCUGGGCUGCAGCCUGGAAGAGUUGUCCUCAGCCAUCUUCAAGCACCAGCUUAAAGGCGGCACCCUGCAACGCUCUACCUCCUUCCGCCAGGGCCCUGAGGAGAACAGUCUGGGAGAGGGCACAGGCCCCAAGCUGAGUGCCCUGGAGUGCUUAGAGGGCAUGGCAUCUGGUCUCUACAGUGAGCUCUUUACCUUGCUAGUCUCCUUGGUUAACAGGGCUCUCAAGUCCAGCCAGCACUCGCUCUGCUCCAUGAUGAUUGUGGACACACCAGGCUUUCAGAACCCUGAGCAGGGUGGGUCAGCCCGUGGAGCCUCCUUUGAAGAGCUGUGCCACAACUAUGCCCAGGACAGGCUGCAGAGGCUCUUCCACGAGCGUACCUUCCUGCAGGAGUUGGAAAGAUACAAGGAGGAGAACAUCGAGCUGGCAUUUGAUGACUUGGAGCCAGCCACAGAUGACUCCGUGGCUGCUAUGGACCAGGCUUCCCAUCAAUCCCUGGUCCGCUCCCUAGCCCGGGCUGAUGAGGCAAGAGGCCUGCUGUGGCUGCUGGAAGAGGAGGCGUUGGUGCCAGGGGCCACCGAGGACACUCUCCUUGACCGCCUUUUCUCCUAUUAUGGCCCCCAGGAAGGUGACAAAAAAGGCCAAAGCCCCCUUCUGCGCAGCAGCAAACCACGCCACUUUAUCCUGGGCCAUAGCCAUGGUACCAACUGGGUGGAAUACAAUGUAACUGGCUGGCUGAGCUACACCAAGCAGAACCCAGCCACCCAGAAUGCACCCCGACUCCUGCAGGAUUCCCAGAAAAAGAUAAUCAGCAACCUGUUUCUGGGCCGGGCAGGUAGUGCCACAGUGCUCUCUGGCUCAAUUGCAGGCCUGGAGGGGGGCUCCCAGCUGGCCUUGCGCCGGGCCACCAGCAUGCGGAAGACCUUUACUACAGGCAUGGCAGCUGUCAAGAAGAAAUCACUGUGCAUCCAGAUUAAGCUGCAGGUGGAUGCCCUCAUUGACACCAUCAAGAGAUCCAAGAUGCACUUUGUGCACUGCUUCCUGCCAGUGGCUGAGGGCUGGCCUGGGGAGCCCCGAUCUGCCUCUUCCCGCCGAGUUAGCAGCAGUAGUGAGCUGGACCUGCCCCAGGGAGACCCCUGUGAGGCUGGCCUGCUGCAGCUGGAUGUGCCCCUGCUCCGUGCCCAGCUGCGGGGCUCCCGCCUGCUCGAUGCCAUGCGCAUGUACCGCCAAGGAUACCCGGACCACAUGGUGUUUUCCGAGUUCCGACGUCGCUUUGAUGUCCUAGCCCCACAUCUCACCAAGAAACAUGGGCGAAACUACAUUGUGGUGGAUGAGAAGCGGGCUGUGGAGGAGCUGCUGGAGUCCCUGGACCUGGAGAAGAGCAGCUGCUGCAUGGGCCUGAGUCGGGUAUUCUUCCGGGCAGGCACAUUAGCACGACUAGAAGAACAGCGGGACGAGCAAACCAGUAGGCACCUGACCCUGUUCCAGGCAGCCUGCAGGGGCUACCUCACCCGCCAGUACUUCAAGAAGAGAAAGAUCCAGGACCUGGCCAUUCGCUGUGUUCAGAAGAACAUCAAGAAGAACAAAGGGGUGAAGGACUGGCCCUGGUGGAAGCUCUUUACCACUGUGAGGCCCCUCAUCGAAGUUCAGCUAUCAGAGGAGCAGAUCCGCAACAAAGACGAGGAGAUCCAACAGCUGCGGAGCAAGCUUGAGAAGGUGGAGAAAGAGCGGAAUGAGCUUCGGCUCAACAGUGACCGACUGGAGACCCGGAUCUCAGAGCUGACAUCUGAGCUGACAGAUGAACGUAACACGGGAGAGUCCGCCUCCCAGCUGCUGGAUGCAGAGACAGCCGAGAGGCUCCGAGCUGAGAAGGAGAUGAAGGAGCUACAGACCCAGUAUGAUGCACUGAAGAAGCAAAUGGAAGUGAUGGAAAUGGAGGUGAUGGAGGCCCGGCUUAUCCGGGCAGCCGAGAUCAACGGUGAAGUGGAUGAUGAUGAUGCAGGGGGCGAGUGGCGGCUGAAAUAUGAGCGCGCUGUGAGGGAGGUGGACUUCACCAAGAAGCGGCUCCAGCAGGAGUUAGAAGACAAGCUGGAGGUGGAACAGCAGAGCAAGAGACAGCUGGAGAGGCGGCUUGGGGACCUGCAAGCAGAUAGUGAUGAGAGUCAGCGGACACUACAGCAGCUUAAAAAGAAGUGCCAGCGGCUCACAGCCGAGCUGCAAGACACCAAGCUACACCUGGAGGGCCAGCAAGUUCGCAACCAUGAACUGGAGAAGAAGCAGAAGAGGUUUGACAGUGAACUCUCCCAGGCACACGAGGAGACCCAGCGGGAGAAGCUGCAGCGGGAGAAGCUGCAGCGGGAGAAAGACAUGCUCCUGGCUGAGGCUUUCAGCCUGAAGCAGCAGCUGGAGGAAAAAGACAUGGACAUUGCGGGGUUUACCCAGAAGGUCAUCUCACUGGAGGCUGAACUUCAGGACAUUUCUUCUCAAGAGUCUAAGGAUGAGGCUUCUCUGGCUAAAGUCAAGAAGCAGCUCCGGGACCUGGAGGCCAAAGUCAAGGAUCAGGAAGAGGAGCUGGAUGAACAGGCGGGGACCAUCCAGAUGCUGGAGCAGGCCAAGCUACGUUUGGAGAUGGAGAUGGAGCGGAUGAGACAGACCCAUUCCAAGGAGAUGGAGAGUCGGGAUGAGGAGGUAGAGGAGGCCCGGCAGUCAUGUCAGAAGAAGUUAAAACAGAUGGAGGUGCAGCUUGAGGAGGAGUAUGAGGACAAGCAGAAGGCUCUGCGGGAAAAGAGGGAGCUGGAGAGCAAGCUCACCACUCUCAGUGACCAGGUAAACCAGCGAGACUUUGAGUCCGAGAAGCGGCUGCGGAAAGACCUAAAGCGCACUAAAGCCCUGCUGGCAGAUGCCCAGAUCAUGCUGGACCACUUGAAGAACAAUGCCCCUAGCAAGAGGGAGAUUGCUCAGCUGAAGAACCAGCUGGAGGAGUCAGAGUUCACCUGUGCAGCAGCUGUGAAAGCACGGAAAGCAAUGGAGGUGGAGAUGGAAGACCUGCACCUGCAGAUUGAUGAUAUCGCCAAAGCCAAGACAGCGCUGGAGGAGCAGCUGAGCCGCCUUCAGCGUGAGAAGAAUGAGAUCCAGAACCGGCUGGAAGAGGAUCAGGAGGACAUGAAUGAGCUGAUGAAGAAGCAUAAGGCAGCAGUAGCUCAGGCCUCCCGGGACAUGGCACAGAUGAAUGAUCUCCAAGCCCAGCUAGAAGAAGCCAAUAAGGAGAAGCAAGAGCUGCAGGAGAAGCUACAAGCCCUGCAGAGCCAGGUGGAGUUCCUAGAGCAGUCCAUGGUGGACAAGUCCCUUGUGAGCAGACAGGAAGCAAAGAUCCGGGAGCUGGAGACACGCCUGGAGUUCGAAAGGACCCAAGUGAAGCGUCUGGAGAGCCUGGCCAACCGGCUCAAAGAAAACAUGGAGAAGCUGACUGAGGAACGGGACCAGCAUACUGCAGCUGAGAACCGUGAGAAGGAACAGAAUAAGAGGCUCCAGCGGCAGCUCCGUGACACCAAGGAGGAGAUGGGCGAGCUUGCCAGGAAGGAGGCUGAGGCCAGCCGCAAGAAGCAUGAGCUGGAGAUGGACCUGGAGAGUCUGGAAGCUGCUAACCAAAGCCUGCAGGCUGACCUAAAGCUGGCAUUCAAGCGAAUUGGGGACUUGCAGGCAGCCAUUGAGGAUGAGAUGGAGAGCGAUGAGAAUGAGGACCUUAUCAACAGUUUGCAGGAUAUGGUGACAAAGUAUCAGAAAAGAAAGAAUAAACUUGAGGGGGACUCAGAUGUGGACUCAGAGCUGGAGGACCGGGUCGACGGGGUCAAGUCCUGGUUGUCCAAGAACAAAGGACCUUCCAAAGCAGCUUCUGAUGAUGGUAGCUUGAAGAGUUCCAGCCCUACCAGCCACUGGAAAUCCCUCGCCCCUGAUCUAUCAGAUGAUGAACAUGACCCUGUGGACAGCACCUCCAGACCCCGAUUCACCCACAAUUAUCUGAGUGACAGCGAUACAGAUGCCAAGCUGACGGAAACCAAUGCAUAGCCCAGGGCAGUGGCUCACUGCCCUCCCCACAACCUCUCCCAGGAAAUGGGGGGGGCACUGCUGUCCGCCCCAUCUGCAUGGAAAACACCUCAGCCCUCUCUGUCGGGGACUUUCCAGGCUGUGUCUCACAGCUGGAAGAGGUGGGGGAAAGAGGAGUUUCUUCAAAGAGAACUUUGACUCCUCCCUGCCUCAGAAAUGCCAUGCUAUUGGCUUCUACUGUGGGCCGUUGCAGGUGGCCUGGCACUGCAUGGAGCCAGCAGUGGACCUUCAUCUCAGCCCCCUGCUCAGGGAUGGUGGAUAGGUUGCCUGCUGGGCCACUCCCAGCUGCAGGGGGUGGGGCAUGGGGAGGAAGGAGCAGCAAUGCCUCCUCUCUGCUGGGGUGAGGGCUUUCUCUUCUCAGUGCCUGCUGUCUUUUUAUUUUUUAAUUUAAAUACCCAAACCAUGCAGCUGCAUCCCUGAGAGUGGGAGGGGCUGCCUUGGCAGCUGGGCCCAUGGGACACCUCGGGAAUCUCCAUCUUCACUCUUUCUGAGGUCCUUUCUGGUGCAGGCUACAGCUGGGGACACUGGUGAGCAGAGCUGAUUCUCAAGAAUCAGGGUAGGGAUUGAGGGGAGGGUGACCAGGUGCUUCUGGCUUGGGCUGAGUGAGCCUCCUUGGAAUGUUAAGUGCAAUGACCAAUUACUUAAGAGCAAAUCUGUUCCACCAGCACCAGUUCUCAGCUUUCUAAACCUUGCCUUCCUCACAUCCACAGUGCAGCCAGCAGCUCACUUGGCACUGAGAACUUGUGUGCACAAUGGGAGGUGGAUGUUUUAAAAGGUCGUGCUGGUAUAUAUCAGACCCAAGUCCUCACCCUGUGUCAUCUUCAUCUGCCCAUCUCCUCAUCCCCACACACUUACCCAAGACAGCAACAAGUGGUCUGGAAGACCCAGCUACCCCUACAAACAUUAUCACACUGACUCCACCAGACUUGGGGGCUCAAGGGCAGUACCUGGUGCUGCUCCUGUCUGCAGUCCCCCUUCCUUCCUGCAAUUGAGUUUGUACUCACUGGGCUGUGUUCUCCCUGUGGACCUGAUUGAUAUAAGGAAAUAAAGGCCCUUUUCCUCCUGGC